UGAAUGAAGGACUGCAGAAAAUAAACAAAAUGGAAACGUCAUCUGUGCAGUGUUGUGGUUCUUGAAUUGUAUUAUUAUUUCAUAAUAAUGAUACUUUAAAACAUUUUGUGGCCGAAAAUACCGUUCUAAUAGUUAUUCGUAGUGGAUAGUGCUUAUCUAAUGAAACUACAAUAUGAAUUGGUUCGACACCUCAGGCUUGACGAGUCUAGCAAAGUCUGCGUUAAAAGAAGCCCAGAAAACCAUCGACAAAGCACUGGAUAUACAAGAUGUGAGUGGCGAAGAGGACGAGGAUGAGUCUCCGGCUCCCAGCAGUGCAGUUGUCGAUAAAUCGUCGCCGGAACACAGCAAUACGCCUUCCAAGGAAAACUCGGAUUUCUUCUCAUCCUGGGGCCUAACCGUCAGUGCAGAGAGUACUAAAGAUGAACCAAUUAAAGAUCAGCCUGUGGUCACCGCCAGUCCGUCGAAAUCCACGUCACAGAGCGUGUGGGGAUCUUUUGCUGGAUCAUUUUUUGAACAACCCAAAGGUGAUGAUUCUACUAUUAUACAACCACCAAAAGCACAGUCUUUGAAUUUAAUAUCCGAUAUUAAGUAUGAUAGUCAGGAUGAUUUGUUUUCUAAAAGUCAACUUGUUAUGUCUGACGGUGGAGAGGGGUUGGAGUCUAAAUUUAAGGCUAGUAAAGAUGAAUUCGCUAAAGAUGAAGAGAGGCGCAGCUCAACUAAGUCAAAUAGGUUAUCACUUGUAUCGAGCAGAAAUAGUUCUGAUUCGGUGGAGGUACUUUCACAGAGUUUAAAGACAACCCCUGAUUCAGAACCGUCAUGUCAAUCCAUGUCUCAAAGUAGUAGUACAGGCACGAAACACAAUUCGGAAUCUGUUGAGGUUUUACCCGACAGCCUUCUCAGUCCGAGUUCUAUUGAGUGUAUUGGUUUUGACAGUUCUCCAAGUGAUAAAAAUUACAGUUCACCUUCAAACUUGUCCCCAAUUGCUGAUGAGAGUGACAAGAAGCUGUCUCCUGUUGGUGAUAGAAGUGAUAGACCAGAAACUGCUGAUAGUGUCAGUUUAGUGGCUGACGAUGAUGAGGAUACAAUGUCUUACAAUUCCAUAUCGGAAUGCACCGCACCAACUGUUCUAGAUACAGAUGACAAAUCAGUCGGUUCCUACCAAAAGACUACAAGACUUGAGCCCCGUAGAGGAGAAUACAUACAUUUAGACCAGUCAGUUAUAUCUCAGAAAAUGCAGAUGAGUGAAAACUCCUCGAACGAUGGUUCCUGGUCAGAUCGGACAUUGAAUGCUGACAAUGAUAGUAUCACGAUGGACACGACAUUAGAAGAACAUAAGAAAGAAAACGAGCAAGAUGACAUUCUGAUAGAAAAGUUGAGUGACUCAUCUUCUUUCUAUGAUGUGAAAGUUACAGACAUGCUGAGGUCUGAAAGUUCAGCAUUUGUUAAUGUUGAGAAACAACAGUGCUCUACAGACAGUAAUGAAUCCUCCCAAAAGGAGAGUAGUGUGAAGGAGAGAACUUCUCCAAUAAGUUCUGAUAGUAAGAGUGAUCUAGUCAAGAUUGGUUCAGACAGAACAUCAGGCCACACGUCUGGUGAUGAGUUGGAGACAGCCACGUCAUCUGAUAUUGAAAUUAUACCCAGUCCAAAUGGAGAUAAUGGACAUGGCUUCUGCAGGAAUAGCCCAGGAAAGUAUGCUUUCAAACAAUCCACUUCACCAAACCUUGUGGAUUUGGUGCUGGGGAAAUCAUUGGCCACUAAGGUGCGUGGGCACAAUAGAGAGCUAUCAGAGGCAUCUGUACAGAGUAAUACCAGUGAUGAGAGUCAAGGGUCAGAGAAUGAACGAUUGAUGCGGCGUCUAUGCGAAAUGGCGGAAAUUUUAGAAGCUAGAGAGAAUAAACUGAUGGAAGUGAGUCGAAGUAAUGCUGACCUUAUUGAGAAUAAUGCAGAUUUGAAGAAUCAGCUGGAGUCUCUGCUCGCGAAGCAUGAAGGGGGUGAUAUAAACUUGAUAACAGAGGAUUAUACUCAGAGAAUGUCAGCAUUAGAAAAGAAAUUUCAACAAGCCAUAAGAGAGAAGGAUCAGCUCAGAAAACAAUUGGAUACAUUAAAAUCUGAAUCAUCCUCAAGAAAAAACUCAUCAGAGCUGGAGAACGCAUUGAAAGAGAAAGAUGAUAUAAUAGCCCAGCUUCAGGAAGAAGGCGAGAAACUGGCAAAGCAGCAACUUCAGCACUCUAACAUCAUCAAGAAGUUAAGAGCUAAGGAGAAGGACAAUGAACAGGUCAUUAAGAGUCUUAGAGAUAAGAUAGCGGAUCUAACUGCCGAGAUGGAUAGAUUAAAGCGCUCUAUGGCUGCUAAGGAGGAGCUAGAAGUUAAUCAAAUAAGUGCUGUCCACAAUCUAACUACAGCUAAUAAGAAAUUGGAGAUUGACCUAAUCGAGACGCGGAGCACGCUGGAAGACACGCAGGCGCGGCUGGAGAGCUCCCGGCAGGCGCUGGAGGCGGCGCGCGGCGAACUCACCGACCUCCAGCGCAGCGCAGCAGACCACCAGCGGCGGGCCGCACGCGCCGCCGCCGCCGCGGACGACGCACGCACGGCCCGGGCCGACGCGGACCGCGCCGCGGCAGACCUGCGGCGGCUGCGGGCCGCGCUGCGGACAGAGGAGAAGCAGUGGAUAGCGCGAGAGGAGGCGCUGCGGGCGCAGGUGCGGGAGGCGCGCGAGUUGGCGGAGGCGGCAGGGGCGGGGGCGGCGGCGGGGGCGGGCCCCGAGGGGGCGGCGGAGGGCGGGGCGGGGGCGGCGGGGGCGCUGCUGAGUCAGCUGGCGUCGCUGCAGCGCGCCGCCCUCGACAGAGACCGCGCACACGCCGCCGCCACGCGAGACCUCCACCAGAGACUCGCGGAGGCGGAAACUCGAGCGGCCAAGGCGAUGGAAAGCGACCGCAUGUCGCGCGACGAGAACACGAGCCUGCGCGACCAGCUCGCCGCCGCACAGCUCCGCGCCGCGCUCGCGGCCCGCCUGCAGCCCCAGCUCCUCAGUAAAUGUGAAGAGUUAGAAACGUUAAGAGUGGAGAAGGAGAACGCAGUAGAGGAGCUGCAGGGGAGGCUGCGGGCGGCCGAGGAGGCGGCGGCCGAGCUGCGAGCCGCGCUGGAGGCCGAGCGACUCCAGCUGCAGCGACUCCACCACCAGCUGCAGGCCGAGCGCGACAGGAACGCUCUGAUACAGGAGCAGAUGUCAGCGCGUGGUGAUGUAUCGCCGUCGCAGUCCGUCGCUUCGGACUCCUUCUCUAACCCCCUGUGGCACUUGGAGGAGGGUAGCGGCACGCCACCUGUAGGUGGUGGGGGUGCGGGGGGCGGUGCGGGGGUGGCGGGCGGCGGCGUGGUGGGCGAGGAGCAGGCGCUGGCCGCGCUCACACGACGCGACGGGGAGCUGCGGCAGCUGGCGGCCACCCUGCACCAGCUGGCGGCCGAGCGAGCCCACCUGCGGCGACACGCCGCCCGCCUGCAGGCGCGGCUCGACGACUACCAGGUGCGGCCUGCCCCCACACUGCACCAGCUGCACCAGCUGGAGGCCACCCUGCACCAGCUGGCGGCCGAGCGAGCCCACCUGCGGCGACACGCCGCCCGCCUGCAGGCGCGGCUCGACGACUACCAGGUGCGGCCUGCCCCCACACUGCACCAGCUGCACCAGCUGGAGGCCACCCUGCACCAGCUGGCGGCCGAGCGAGCCCACCUGCGGCGACACGCCGCCCGCCUGCAGGCGCGGCUCGACGACUACCAGGUGCGGCCUGCCCCCACACUGCACCAGCUGCACCAGCUGGAGGCCACCCUGCACCAGCUGGCGGCCGAGCGAGCCCACCUGCGGCGACACGCCGCCCGCCUGCAGGCGCGGCUCGACGACUACCAGGUGCGGCCUGCCCCCACACUGCACCAGCUGCACCAGCUGGAGGCCACCCUGCACCAGCUGGCGGCCGAGCGAGCCCACCUGCGGCGACACGCCGCCCGCCUGCAGGCGCGGCUCGACGACUACCAGAGCGUUCAGGAACAGUAUGACGCCCUACUACAGAUGUACGGAGAGAAAGAGGAGCAGAUGGAGGAGUUAAAGCUAGAUUUACAGGACGUGACGCAGCUGUACAAAGCGCAGCUGGACGAGUUGAUCGCACUGAAGAAGAAGGUCUGCACCCGAUAGCCUCCGGAGCCCUGCUUCCGCUGCAGCAGGCGUUUCUGGCUCUAACUUCACUCCCUUACCACUCUACUACCUCUAGUACCCAGUGAAGAAUGCGUGGGCCAAUAAGUUAUAUCGCAGUGUCGUAACAUCCAAAA